CAUAACCUAACGAAAAUUAUCGAAUCCCUAAUCCCUAAGUCUUGUCUUGUAGAUAACUAGCUAAUAAACAACUUCGCCGGUGGGUGCACUCGCAGCCCGCGCAUCUCACCUGACCGGAGCACCGACAUGGCGACCUCCCAACCCGCCACCUCGCCGUCGCCUGGCGUCGGCGGCGUGCCCCUCUCCUCCGCGCUCGUCGAUCUCCUCCGCUUCGUCCUCUCCUCCCACGUCGCCGCCCCGGACCCCGCCUUCCCAAUCUCCCCAUCAUACUGCUCCCGACUCCUCCUCGACGGCGACGGCAACGACCUCUUCGGGAAACUGGCGGCCGGUCUCGCGCGGUGCGUCGAGGAGGGGUGGCUCCCGGGACCCCCCGCGACGGCGGGGGCGGUGGGGAUUCCGCCGGCGGAGGAGGAGGAGGGGUCCGAGGAGAGGGAGAGGGAGUGGGAGGUGCUGCUGCUGGAGAAGGGCACCGAGUUGAAGCAGAUGUAUGACUCUGUUGAGUUUGAGCUGCAUGUUCAGGAACCAUACUUCACUCAACUCAGAGCUAGAGCCAAGAAAGUUGAAGGGAGAUUAGCGACUGGUAAUUACAACCGGAUUACACAAGGUUCUUUGCUGCUAUUCAAUAAAUGCCUCUUGCUUAAUGUUGAGGCAGUUCGGAAGUACAGUUCAUUCUCUGAGAUGUUGCAAGCAGAGAUAAUCUCAAAUCUUCUUCCUGGUAUUUCAUCAAUUGAAGAAGGUGUCAAAGUAUAUAGGAAAUUCUAUACAGAGGAAAAGGAGAACUCUUAUGGAGUCUUAGCGAUAUCUGUUUCAAAGCCACCAGCUCAACCUUACAUAACCAUGACUGCUAUUCUUGCUGGAUUGGGUUAUGAUGGAUUGGGUAGACUCCUCGGUAUGUCAAAAACAGCAGGAACAGUUCCAGAUGGACUACCUCCUCCAAGAUCUGUACUUAAAUCGUCUUGUAUGAAACUACACCAACCAAAUGUGAAAGGCUGUUCUUUAACUGAUGCUGCAAGGGCAUUGGCCAAACAUGUUCACAGGAGUACGAAAGGAUGGUGGGGCAGCUUUAAUGGAAGCGGUAAAGAUAUGUUCCAGCUUGAUACUCAUCCAGCUGGAGACUACCGUUAUGGUCUAUUUGGUUCAUUGUUGCGUUACUUGUCUUCAGAUUCGAGCAAGAACCAACUCGCAUCUGAAGCUAUUGAUUGUUUGUUACGUGAGUGUUGUUGGAUCAAUGUUCAUCUGAUUCAGUCCUAUGGCCCUGUUUUUGAAAUUCGUGCGCAUGAAGGUUAUGGUGCCAGAUGGUCUCAAGAUGGUUCAAAGGGACUUGUGUACUUCAAACUAGCAGAAAAUUUUGCUUCAUAAAUUAUGACACGGCAAAGAAUAAGCUAGGAAAUAACAGCGAUGGCUCACCGAUAAGCUGCUCUAGGUUAUAUUCCAUGUGUACAUCUUCACAAUGUUACUGAGCUAGAGAUACUGAAGAAAACUCAUCAAUGAGCUGCAAGAACAAAUAUUCUUGAUCUGUGGUUCAGGAAGAUUCCAAGAAAGGACCCAAACAAGAGACCAGAUCUUAUAUAAACAGCAACAAAUUGAGUAAUAAAGUAAUGCCGAUAGAUUAUACGUGACGCCCUUGGCAGGUUUUCUGUUGAGGUGGAUUCCUUCUGUCUUGUGAGAUAUUCAUGGACAGCUAAUGAGAAGUCAAAGACUUGAUGCCAACAAGAUUUCUAUAAUCAACACCUGUCUUGCAAGCUCUACAUUGCAACAGUUCCAGAUUAUGUUCAAUCAUUGAAC